AUGAGUUUUGUACCAAUCGAGAUUUCCUCAAAGAAGCCAAUAAGUAGGUUUCGUCAGGUAGUGGAAAUUCCUUCGAAGAAAAGACGAGACCCACGAUUCGACAACCUUUCCGGAAAAUUCAACGAAGACCUCUUUGAAAAAUCAUACAAUUUUCUGGACAACUACAAAAAGAAUGAACUCGAAACUAUAAAAGAACAGAUUAGACGCGCUAAAGAUCCUAAUACGCGAGAUGAAUUGCAAAAGUUAUUGAUAAAGAUGCAAUCGAGAAUUAACACCGAGCAUAUAGCUCGACAGAAGAAACAACUUCGACGUGGAGUAAAAAAGAAAGAAUUGGAACUUGUUAGUAAAGGGAAAAAGCCAUUUUAUUUGAAGAAAUCUGCCGAAAAAGAAUUAGAACUCGUCGAGAAAUUUAAAAAUACCGAUCCGAAAAAUGUUGAAAAAAUAAUCGAGAAGAGGAGAAAGAAAAAUGCUGCAAAGGAACAUAAAAAUGUGCCGUUCAAACGACGAAAAACUUGA